GCUAUAUGAAGCAAUAGCAUGAUAUGCUUGGUUUGAUGUAGAAAUUGGUAUCAAGCAGUACUUCAUGGGUUCUUUCAAGGGCCAGACACAUAAGAAUACAUGGAAUGAGACUCUGAAAUUAAGGGGCUGGCUUUCUUCCCAAUUGUUUCAACAACAGUUUCCAUCCCAUUAUGCUGAAAUAAUCCAUACUCUGCCACUUCAAGAAUACAUGAAUCUCAUAUGGUUACAUCGAGCAACUUGUACAGGCAGAUUCUAUCUUAAAACUGUGUUAUGAUUCCUAUGACAUGGUUUUAGGAAAAUUGCUAGGGUAUCGUGUUCCUCUGCUGCCACUCACGAAUCAUGGGAUAGAAAAUUGCUCGGGAUGUUGAAUCUGAUUAUGAUUCUGAAACUUUGCUACCUUCUUGUGAGAGUAUACAUGGCUCAGAAACAUCAGAAGACAGGAAAAGUUUCAAGGGUAACAAUUAAAGCUCCAAUCAUGAUGGGAAGAAAUCACUAACAAUGUCUGACGGUGCCCAGUGGGAUGUUUUUCGCAAACAAGAUGUUCCCAAGCUUAUAGAUUAUCUCAAAAGGCAUUCUAAUGAGUUUUCUUGCCACAAGCGGGUUGAUCAUCCAAUUCUCGAUCAGAGUUUCUUUCUUGACACCACUCACAAAAUGAGGCUUAAGGAGGAGUUUGAGAUUGAACCUUGGACUUUCAUGCAACACGUAGGAGAAGCUGUUAUCAUUCCUGCUGGAUGUCCCUACCAGAUUAAGAACCCUAAGGUCAUUUUUGCAACAGUAUUGACAGUCUAAAUUAAGAAAGAUAUGUGAAACAUUACUUUUAUUCUCCAUGAGUAAAAGUUAUAUCUUAAAAGUUCCCUCCUGCUGCUUAUAACUGACUAAUAUUUCCCCAUUAAAUGAGAGAAUAUGAUUUAGGUUUUCUAUUUUAUAUAUUAAAUAAUCUAUUGAUAACUAUGAACUAACUCUUUUUUGUCUUCUAUGCCCCAAAGAUCUCUUUCUUUUUGGCCAUGUCUUUUUUUUUUUUUCUUUUCUUAAGUUUUAUUUCUAAUUUUGUUUUUUUGUCCCAAAUUAGGGGUUAGGGCAGCAUUGUCUUUGAUGAUUUAUUGUUCAUAUAUUAUAUGCAUUUAUAACUUAUAAUGGAAAUGUCCACUAUAUCAAUAUGAUAAGGCAUGUCCUUAUAAUAGAAAAUUAUGCUGAAUGCUGAAAGUUAAAUAUAAGAAAGUGUUUGUUGAAGUCUUGGCUGUUUAUAGUACGGAUACUGCUGAGUUAAACUACCCCUUUUAUACAUUCUUUCAACUUUUUUUUACCCCUAUUUUACAAUUCACACAGUAUGAUCCUAUUUAUAGUUUAUGUAUAUAUUUAAUUCAAUCUUGGAAUGGAUGCCCUUUUGAUGUGCCACAGUUACAGUUUCUUCAAUUUUUCUAUUUCUUAAGGUCCCUUUUUCACUUUUGU